AUGGCUGUGCUCCUGAAGAGGUUGUUGCAUCCCCGGAGGCCCCCGGAGGCCUUGGGCCGCCCCCUGGGACGGCGCGAGGCCAGCCUGGGCACUCAUGCGGGGACUGCGGUGCGAGUGCGGUUCGCCCCCAGCCCCACAGGCUUCUUGCACCUGGGCGGCCUCCGCACUGCCUUGUACAACUACAUCUUUGCCAAGAAGCACGGAGGGAGCUUCAUCCUGAGGCUGGAGGACACGGAUCAGACCCGCCUUGUGCCUGGGGCAGCGGAGAAUAUAGAGGACAUGCUGGAGUGGGCAGGCAUCCCCCCUGACGAGAGCCCCCGCCGGGGAGGUCCUGCAGGGCCCUACCUACAGUCUCAGCGACUUGCGCUCUACACCCAGGCCACCGAAGCUCUGCUGAAGAGUGGUGCUGCGUACCCGUGUUUCUGCUCACCCCAGCGGCUGGAGCUCCUGAAGAGGGAGGCCCUAAGAAACCGCCAGACACCCCGGUAUGACAAUCGGUGCUGGAGCCUGAGCGAGGCGCAGGUGGCCCAGAAGCUGGCCAAAGACCCCAAGCCUGCCAUCCGCUUCCACCUGGAGGGGGAGGCGCCAGCCUUCCAGGACUUGGUGUACGGCUGGAAUCGGCAUGAGGUGGCCAGUGUGGAGGGGGACCCAGUCAUCCUGAAGAGUGACGGCUUCCCCACCUACCACCUGGCCUGCGUGGUGGACGACCACCACAUGGGCAUCAGCCACGUGCUACGGGGCUCUGAGUGGCUGGUCUCCACCUCCAAGCAUCUGCUCCUCUACCAGGCCCUGGGCUGGCAGCCCCCGCGCUUUGCCCACCUGCCCCUGCUCCUCAACAGGGAUGGCAGCAAACUGUCCAAGAGGCAAGGGGACAUCUUCCUGGAGCAUUUUGCUGCCGCCGGCUUCCUGCCGGAUGCCUUGCUCGAUAUCGUCACCAGCUGCGGCUCAGGGUUUGCAGAGAACGAGUUGGGCAGGACCUUGCCAGAGCUGAUCACACAGUUUGACCUGACCCGGGUCACCUGCCACUCAGCCCUGCUGGACCUGGAGAAGCUCCCAGAAUUCAACAGGCUGCACCUUCGCCGGCUGGUGAGCGAUGAGACCCAGAGACGCCAGCUGGUGGGGAAGCUACAGGCUCUCGUGGAGGAGGCAUUCGGGAGCCAGCUGCAAGACAGGAAUGUGCUGGACGCAGCCUACCUGGAGAGGAUCAUCCUGCUGAGACAGGGUCACAUUUGCCGCCUGCAGGAUUUGGUCUCCCCAGCGCACUCCUACCUGUGGACUCGCCCUGCUGUGAGCCGAGCACAGCUGGGUGCCGUCUCGGAGAAGGUGGACGUCAUUGCCAAGCGUGUGCUGGGGCUUUUAGAAGGACCCGGUAUGAGUUUAACUCAGGACACGCUGAACGGAGAACUGAAGAAGCUGUCAGAAGGUCUGGAAGGCACCAAACACAGUAACGUGAUGAAGCUCCUCCGAGUGGCCCUCAGUGGACAGCUGCAAGGACCUCCUGUAGCUGAGAUGAUGUUGUCCUUGGGACCAAAGGAAGUGCGGGAACGAAUACAGAAGGUGCUUUCCAGCUAG